AUGCUAAAUAUUUCUGUUUGUACUUUGGGGUUCAGGGCCCACACAAAUACCUCUUUUUUUUUUUUUUUUUUUUUUUUUUUUGCAGCUGUGACAAUGAUGAUUAUAUCUUUCCAAACUAUGAUCAAGUAUAUCAUCACAAUUAUACCAGAAGUAUCCUACUUGAUAUCUUUUUUCCGAUUCUAUUACACGUAUUUUGCUGGAUUAUUAAUUUUGUUAUCAAGAAUCAAGAUAAGAAACCUCCAAAAAGAAACUACCAAAAUCAUUUUUAGUUUGUACAAAAAUGAAGGCGCCCUUUACGAUUUUUGGUUUAGUUGCAAUAUUAUCACCAUAACUACGAGUAUGAUAUGGGGGUUUCUAAAUUACAAUGCAAAUAAUAAAUCAAAGGAUGCGUUGGUGGUUGUUAUUAUAUCGUCAGUUUUACGUUUUUCCAUUAUGUCUGUCCACCAGAUUAAACGGUAUAUUCACGCUUUAAAGCGUAACCGAAUUUCAAACACCAAAUAUGUAUCAAAUGUGCCUAUAGCCAAAUUUCUCCAAAUGGAUAGUACAUGUAUGUUGGUCAUUGCCGAAUUGUUUUUGGAGUCAAGUCAUUGCUUAUCAAAAGUAACAUUGUUGGCCAUGCAUUCCAUCUUCAGCUUACUAGGGGUGUUUGAUUUUGAAAUGACAAAAAGAGUUCUACCGUAUCAGAAUGUUUACUUGUUCGUGUUUGGAUUAUUAGAGAAUUGGGUUUUAGUAUUGUUUUGGUAUGAAUGCAAAAACAGUAAAGCAAUUCUAUAUACGUUUUGCUAUUUGUUAAAAUGGAAUGGAAACACUGCUAGUCAAUCAGUAAACUUAAUAAUUACGUUGGUCCUCAAAUUUACCAAAAAUAACGAAUCCGCUACCAAAAUGGAAUCAGACCGUAUAGCUUCAUUUGGAUUUGACUGCUUUAGUAUAAUUAGCGAUUUUCAUUAA